CUCCUCCAACUCACUUCACCGUCUCCUUCUCUCUCUCUCUCUCUCUCUCUCUCUCUCUCACAAUGCAGCUUACUGUACUCCUUUCUCUACUUUUUCUCCUCUCCACCGCCACCACCAUCACUUAUGGCCACAACAUUACUUCCAUACUAGGCCAGCACCCAUCUCUCUCCACUUUCAAUCACUACCUCACCCUAACCCACCUCGCCGGAGAAAUAAAUCGGCGUACAACCAUCACAGUCUGUGCCGUCGACAACGCCGCUAUGUCUGAAAUCCUUUCAAAAAAGCCAUCAAUCUCCACCAUCAAAAACAUCCUUUCCCUCCACGUCCUCUUGGAUUACUUCGGUACCAAGAAGCUCCACCAGAUAAGAGACGGCACCGCGUUGGCAGCCACCAUGUUCCAGGCCACCGGGUCAGCUCCUGGGUCUACCGGGUUCGUUAACAUAACGGAUGUUAAGGGAGGGAAAGUGGCUUUUGGACCGAAAGAUAAUGGAGGGAACCUUGAUGUGUUUUAUGUCAAGUCUGUAGAGGAGAUACCCUACAACAUUUCAGUUAUACAGAUCAGUAAAUUGUUGCCAUCGGAUGUGGCGGCGGCGCCCACACCAGAGCCAAGUGCUAUGAAUAUAACGGAUAUAAUGUCAGCUCAUGGGUGUAAGGUUUUUGCUGAUACUUUGAUUGCAAACCCUGAUGCUUCAAAGACAUAUCAGGACACUAUUGAUGGAGGAUUAACAGUGUUUUGCCCUCUUGACGAUCCAUUUAAGGCCUUUUUACCAAAAUUCAAGAAUUUAACAGCUUCUGGCAAAGAGUCACUCCUUCAAUUCUUCGGUGUUCCUGUUUAUCAGUCAUUAGCAAUGUUAAAAUCCAACAAUGGAAUCAUGAACACCUUAGCUACAAAUGGGGAUAAGAAGUUUGAUUUCACAGUGCAAAAUGAUGGCGAGGAUGUGACCCUCAAGACAAGGGGUACCACUGCAAAAAUAGUUGGGACUUUGAUCGAUGAGCAGCCACUUGCUAUAUACUCCAUUGAUAAGGUCUUGUUGCCCAAGGAAUUGUUUAAAGCAGCACUGACCCCAGCUCCAGCACCUGCCCCGGAGGAGGCGGCAGAUGCACCAAAAUCUAGCAAGCAUAAGAAGCCCUCCGCCGAUGAUGCGCCAUCAGACUCACCAGCUGAUUCACCUGAUGGCGAUGCAGCAGACCAAACAGCUGAUGACAAUGCUAGUGUGAGACUUGAUGGUGGAAGGCUUGUUGCCAUGGUAUUGAGUUUGUGCUUAGGGCUUUUGCUGCUGUAGUAGCGUGUAAGUCCUUUCAAAUUGUUCUUUUUUCUACUCACAGUGGGGAAUAAGUCAGGCUUCAAUGGCUAAGUUAUCACUUUAGAGUAUGUUUUAUUUGUUUUUUCAUGUCUUAUUGUUUUAGCCUGUGUUAUUUCUUUCUUUCUUGCUUUUUUAUAUACGGUUUGUGAUCUGUAUUUUGUGGUAGAUACUGUAGAUCCAUGGAAAAACGUUGUUAUUGUCAUCGACCAGAAGAUUUUGGCCUAGUAAAAUAGAAUUCUUGUGUGCAA